AUGGCGCAGGCGUGGUGCACCACGGGGCAGUAUACAGCCAGGAGCAGGCCCAGGUUGGGCCGAGCCGCCUGCCGGCGGGUGCCCAGCGCGGGGGAGCGCCGCCGGGUUGGGGCCCGUCUCGCGCUGGACAGGCACGGGCUGCCCAGAGGCGCGGCGGAUAUGCUCGUCAGAGUCCCCUCCCGCACCGUUCCCCCGCAGUUUGGCACCUCGAGGCCCGGCAGUAGUACAGAGCAGGCUCACGGCAUGAACGCCGGCGGCUCGCGGUCAGCCAGGCGCUCGGGGGGCUACCUCGCGGAGAGUUGCGGCAUCUCCCGCGCCGGGCGCGGGGCCGGGCUCUCCGGAGGUGCGGCGCUCUGCGCCGGGCCCCUGGUGCAUACCUGCGCGGCAGAGUUCAGGCGCUCCAAAAAGAGGGCUUCGCCUGCGGAGGAUGGAGAUCAUCGGGGGCGACGAUAG